AUGCCAUGCACCACAUCUAACGACGUCGACUCAUUGAAGGUUAUCAUCAUCGGCGCUGGUAUCGGAGGUCUCGCCCUCGCACAGAUACUCCACUCAGCACCGGGAAUACGGCUAGCAUGCUACGAGCGGUACAGAGCUAUCGAUGACCGCGUUGUCGGGUUCCGCGUGAUGCUGUCAGGCAGCACGCUGUCGAUGCUGAAGCGCAAACUGAAGAGCGACAUCUGGGCAGACCUCGCCUUCGGCAUCGGGGAGCAGCCGGAGGGAGGGGAGAAGAUCGAGUUUUUCAAGGCAAAUGGCAACAAGAUGCUCACCUGGGACUCGGACCCCACGAAGGACCAGUUCUCCGUGUCGAGGUGGCACCUGAGAGAAGCCCUCGUGAAGCAGGCUCCCUUUGUUCGGACAGGUAUUUGCUUCGAGCGCUAUGAGGUGCUGCCGAAAGGAAGAGUGAGAGCAUUUUUCGCUGACGGGAGUACCGACGAGUGUGACCUCUUAGUAGGUGCAGACGGCACGAACUCGAAUGUUCGAAAGCAGUUGAUCAACCAUGCCACCAUUGAGGACCUGGGCGUGGCAGUCAUUUAUUUCAAGGUCCCGCUUACGGAAAGGUCCUUGAAGUUAUCAGGGUCCCCCGGCAGAUCAAUGAAUCCCCUCGCCCCCUUUUCCACACGCUACAACCAGCACACCAUCGAUCCCGAAGACUCCUACAUCAUGCUCGGCGCUGGGUCCCCCUACGCCAACUUCCACAACCGCCGCUGCUCCCCUAACGAACUCACCCACUCCGAGCUACAAGCCGAGGUGCUCGCGCGCACUUCCCAGCCGGGCAUCCACCCUCGCUUUCGCGAGCUCGCCAAGAUGAUCUGCCUUGACACAGCCUACGUGAACAUCGUCCGCAAAAGCGAGGCCGUCCAGCCCUGGACCUCCUCCCCUAAUAUCACCCUCCUUGGCGACGCCGUUUUCAACAUGAGCAACACCCUCAGCCGCGGUGCGAACUGCGCAAUAAUGGACGCCGUCGCCCUCGCGGACCGUGUCACAUCACCGGCGUACAGGCGCGAGCGGCGCCAGUCGGCCGCUCUGGAUGACUAUGUGAGAGAGAACAUUGCGCGGCGCGAGGUCGAGCGGCAGCGCUCGUAUAUGAUGCAGAAGAUUAUGUUUCCGGGGAAACAUAAGCUAAGGGGGUUUAUAAGAAAUAGGGUGUUCCCGUCUUCGCUGAAGAAGAUCGAUGCCAUGGAUCGCGAGGAGCAUGACGAAGUGAAUUGGGUCGGCAGCGAUGGGGAGAGAAGUGUGGACUCGACAGCGGAAGAGCCGAAGUGGGUGGAGGAGCUGAAGUGGGACGAGAUCUUUGAGGAGAGGCAUGGCCAUGGGAUGGGUUAG